UCUCUCACCCUCCCUCCCUCUCUCUCUCCAGCAGCACCUGAGUGUGAUCACACCUCCUCAGUCUCCUCGUGUUUCCAGCUGAACAUCUUCUCCUGCUGAGGUUCAGUUCGGUUCGGUUCAGACCGGAUCGGUUCGGUAGCGGAACCGGAGCAUCGGCGGAGAGAACCCGCGAGUUGCAGCGGACACCGGGAUACUUCGGGGGGCAGAGCCGGGGACAGCGUGCCUGCAGCGGGUCUGUGGCAGCUCCGUGACCCGGUGCGGAUCCGGAUUAUCAGGAACUUGUUGCUGCAGGAUCCGGAUUCUACCUGAGACCCGGACCUGAAGUGAUUGAGAAUCCGGACUCUCACCACAUGUGGAUCUGUUUGUUUUACGCUGAUUCUUGAACCUCUUCUCUGGUUUUACGCAUCGAUUUCGUGCGUAAAGUUGAUUUUCUCCCGGAAGAACUCGUGCUUUAGCUCCAUCUGUUUUCCGGUUCUGCGUCUCCUCUCCCCCUGGAUGUGCUGCCGGUGCUCCGGUGCUCUCUGACCCCCGGGACCUCCGCAGACCUCCAGCCGCAGCAUGGCAGCGGGAGUCGCAGCGUGGCUGCCUUUCGCUCGCGCGGCGGCCAUCGGCUGGAUGCCGGUGGCGAGCGCACCGAUGCCGGUGCCGCCGCAGGAGAAGCGGCGCGGACGGGACGGACUCAUCGUCUUGAACUUGAGCGGAACAAAGUUCCAGACGUGGCGGGACACGCUGGAGCGGUACCCCGACACACUGCUGGGCUCCACCGAGAGAGACUUCUUCUUCCACGAGGAGAGCAACGAGUUCUUCUUCGACCGGGACCCGGACAUUUUCCGCCACAUCCUCAACUUCUACCGCACCGGGAAGCUGCACUUCCCGCGGCAGGAGUGCAUCUCCGCGUACGACGAGGAGCUGGCGUUCUUCGGCAUCAUCCCGGAGAUCAUCGGUGACUGCUGCUACGAGGAGUACAAGGACCGGCGGCGGGAGAACCAGGAGCGGAUCCAGGACGACGAGGAGAUGGAGCAGAGCCACGAGCUCGUGCCCGCGGACCUGAGCUUCAGAGAGACCAUUUGGCGCGCAUUCGAGAACCCGCACACCUCCACCAUUGCGCUGGUCCUCUACUACGUCACCGGCUUCUUCAUCGCGGUGUCGGUGAUGGCCAACGUGGCGGAGACGGUUCCGUGCGGCGCGGCACCGAACCGCUUCAAGCAGGAGUCGUGCGGUGAGCGGUACGCGCUCGCGUUCUUCUGCCUGGACACCGCGUGCGUCAUGAUCUUCACGGUGGAGUACCUGCUGCGCCUCCUGGCGGCGCCGAGCCGCUACAAGUUUGUAAAGAGCGUGAUGAGCGUCAUCGACGUGGUGGCCAUCAUGCCGUACUACAUCGGCCUCGUCAUGACGGACAACGAGGACGUGAGCGGCGCCUUCGUCACGCUGCGCGUCUUCCGGGUGUUUCGGAUCUUUAAGUUCUCGCGACACUCUGCGGGACUUCGCAUCCUGGGCUACACGCUGAAGAGCUGCGCGUCAGAGCUCGGCUUCCUGCUCUUCUCCCUCACCAUGGCCAUCAUCAUCUUCGCCACCGUCAUGUUCUACGCAGAGAAAGGAUCCAGCGGCAGCAAGUUCACGAGCAUCCCUGCAGCCUUCUGGUACACCAUCGUCACCAUGACAACGCUAGGGUACGGCGACAUGGUUCCGAAGACGAUCAUGGGGAAGAUCGUCGGUUCCGUCUGCUCUCUGAGUGGAGUUCUGGUCAUUGCGCUGCCCGUCCCCGUCAUUGUCUCCAACUUCAGCAGAAUCUACCACCAGAGUCAGAGAGCGGAGAAGAGACGGGCUCAGAAGGCGUCCAAGGAGGCGGGACAAGCGCUGGUGUGCAAGAUCAACCCAAACUACGAAGUUCACCAACAUCACCUGCAGCAGUGUCUGGAACACACCACAAACCACAAGGUUGUGGACGAGAAGACGAUGGAGGAGAGCUGCAGGGAGGUGACGCUGGUGAAGCCGGUUUCUCGUUCCUCCUCCAUCUCGUCUUCACCUCGCGGCCUCACGUCCUGCUGCGCCCGCAGGAAGAGGAAGACCUUCACCGUCCCAAACUCCAACAUGUCUGUGGGUCUGCAGAGCAGCGUCCAGGAGCUGAGCACCAUCCAGAUCAGAGAGAGGCCGAGUGUUGUCAGUCGUUCCAGUCUGAACGCAGAUUUCGAGGAGACGGUUCCUUUGAACUGCGGCCGGCCGCACAUCACCGCCGCCGUCAUCGGCGUGCCAGCACCUCCUGGCACCAUGCCUGGAGGCGACGGACCAACUGCCUCGAUCAACUCCUCCCAGGCCAACAUUGUCCGGGUGUCAGCGCUCUAGAUAACUCCGCCUCCCCUCCAACAUGGAAAAACGAUCCAGCCAGCAGAAGGACGACGGGCUGAGUCGGGGGUCGACGGCCUCGGAACCACAACAGACUCAGACGACAGGUUUGGUGUCCACACUGGAAGUGACGGGUUAGCUCAAUGUUAUCCAUGCAGAGGGAAACGUGAAACUGAAAGCACUCGGCGGACUCCGCCUCCGAUCACACAUUUGAGGACGGAGUGUUUCUCCAGCUGUGCAACAUCACAGAGGAGGAAUCGUAGCACAGCUGAUAAAUUGUUUCUUUUUAAAAUCGUUAUCGUCGUUAUUUUCUACUCAAAGAAACUUGAUUCUAGUGUAGAGACUUAGUUUGAGACAGUUUAAAGGAGACGACAGACAUUAUAGGAAGUUCACUGUUAGCCGUGUGUCAGCUAGCAUAGCACAAAGAAACUGCAAGCCUAGCCUCGCUCAACAAUUCAAAGCUAAUAACAAAGUCAGUCUUUUCAUUUGUUGUCAUGGUCACGAUGAUGAUUUUAACAGGUCAAGUCAGAAUUUUGUGUGUUUUGUGUUUCAUGUUUUCGUGAUUCAUCUGUUUCAGUCUCAGGUGAACAUACGACGCGUGAAAAAUACCUUCAGACAGGAAGUCAACAUGUUGUACGGCCUUGAAAACUGGAUUUAUUCUAUUAUUAUAAUAAUACAUACAUAACAUUUUAAAUUACGUUUAAAACAUGU